UUCGGGGGCGGGCGAACCUAGCGCUACUUGGCUGUGAGGAGGAGGAGGUAGUGGUAACCCGGAGGAGGCUCUGAGGCCUGAAAGACCGCGCGGCCCAGCAGGGGAGAAGGUUCGGGGUGGGGGUGCAGUCCGAGAGCGCAUCUGAUAUGCCGCUGGGAACGUGACCGCUGUGGGACCAAGGCAGGACCUGGCUGGACGCAGCCAGGGAGCCUCAUCUUCGUGGGGCCUAAUUUCCUGCAGCCAGCUAGGCCUCACCAGCAAGACCUCCUUUCUUUGCGUCUCUCCAGUUCUCAGACUGGGAAAUGGCCUCCCCGAGUUCCCCGCUGGAGCCAAAGGAGUUGCUGACAUUUGAGGAUGUGGCUGUGUUUUUUACCCAGGAGGAGUGGGAUUAUCUGGACCCAGCUCAGAGAAGUCUCUAUAAGGAUGUCAUGAUGGAGAAUUAUGGAAACCUGGUCUCAUUGGAUGUUUUGAACAGAGAUAAGGAUGAAGAGCCAACUGUGAAACAAGAAAUUGAAGAACUUGAGGAAGAAGUGGAACCACAGGGUGUUAUAGUUACAAGAAUCAAAAGUGAAAUUGACCAGGAUCCCAUGGGUAGGGAAACUUUUGAACUUGUUGGUAGGUUAGAUAAACAGAGAGGGAUCUUCUUGUGGGAAAUACCACGGGAAUCUUUGACUCAGGAACAGAAAAUGUUCAGAGGAAACACUAACAUCCGGAAGAGAUCAAACACAGAAGAGAAAUGCCAUAAAUGUGAAGAAUGUGGAAAGGGUUUUGUUCGUAAGGCCCAUUUCAUUCAACAUCAAAGGGUUCAUACUGGUGAGAAGCCUUUUCAGUGCAAUGAAUGUGGAAAAAGUUUUAGUCGUAGUUCAUUUGUUAUUGAACAUCAGAGGAUUCACACUGGUGAGAGGCCCUAUGAGUGUAAUUACUGUGGCAAAACCUUUAGUGUGAGCUCUACCCUUAUUAGACAUCAGAGAAUCCACACUGGAGAAAGGCCUUAUCAGUGUAAUCAAUGUAAACAGAGCUUCAGCCAGAGAAGGAGCCUUGUUAAACAUCAAAGGAUUCACACAGGUGAGAAACCUCAUAAAUGUAGUGACUGUGGGAAAGCCUUCAGUUGGAAGUCACACCUUAUCGAGCAUCAGAGAACUCACACUGGUGAGAAACCCUAUCAUUGUACCAAAUGCAAGAAAAGCUUUAGUCGAAAUUCAUUGCUUGUUGAACAUCAGAGAAUUCACACUGGGGAAAGACCCCAUAAAUGUGGUGAAUGUGGGAAAGCCUUUAGGUUAAGUACAUAUCUUAUACAACACCAAAAAAUCCACACUGGUGAGAAACCUUUUCUUUGUGUUGAAUGUGGAAAAAGCUUCAGUCGAAGUUCAUUCCUUAUUGAACAUCAGAGGAUCCAUACUGGUGAACGACCAUAUCAGUGCAAAGAGUGUGGGAAAAGUUUCAGUCAACUUUGCAAUCUCACGCGUCAUCAGAGAAUUCACACAGGGGACAAACCUCAUAAAUGUGAGGAAUGUGGAAAAGCCUUCAGUAGGAGCUCAGGUCUCAUUCAGCAUCAGAGAAUCCACACUAGGGAAAAGACUUAUCCAUACAAUGAAACUAAAGAAAGUUUUGAUCCAAAUUGCAGUCUUGUUAUACAGCAAGAGGUCUACCCUAAGGAAAAAUCAUACAAAUGCGAUGAAUGUGGAAAAACUUUCAGUGUUAGUGCUCACCUUGUACAACAUCAAAGAAUCCAUACUGGUGAAAAGCCCUACCUAUGUACUGUUUGUGGGAAAAGCUUCAGUCGAAGCUCAUUUCUUAUUGAACAUCAGAGAAUCCACACUGGUGAGAGACCUUAUCUGUGCAGACAGUGUGGCAAAAGUUUUAGUCAACUUUGUAAUCUUAUCCGACAUCAGGGUGUUCACACAGGUAAUAAGCCUCAUAAGUGUGAGGAAUGUGGAAAGGCCUUUAGCCGAAACUCAGGUCUUAUUCAGCAUCAGAGAAUACACACAGGAGAGAAACCUUAUAAGUGUGAGAAAUGUGACAAAAGUUUCAGUCAACAGCGCAGCCUUGUCAACCAUCAGAAGAUCCAUGCAGAGAUCAAAACCCAAGAAACCCAUGAAUGUGAUGCUUGUGGUGAAGCCUUCAAUUGCCAUAUUUCUCUUAUUCAGCAUCAAAAAUUGCAUACUGCAUGGAUGCAGUAAAUGUAGAGAAAUAUGUAGGCUCAAUUUGAGACUAGCUAUCCAAGGACAGUUUUUGUAUGGUUAAAUGUGAGUUAGAUUUAGUGAUAAAUUGUCCUUGGCCUAAAGCACAUGGUUUCUAAAGAUGGUGAAUCGUUGACAACUGUCCAUGGGCAGUUGACUUUCAAGUGUUUUUGUGACCCUGGAGAAAGACUAAUUAAACAUCUUUCUAGCAAGUCUUUUAGCAGAGAAGUUGAAUCUAGGUGCAGAUCAUAUAGAAGUGCUCUGAAGGACAGUUAAAUUAGUGCAAGGGAACUGAGAACAAGGGCACUAAUGUUAAAAAAGUAAGAAUGAGUUCUUUGCCACCUUCUCAUGGCAGUCCUUUCCGUUCUCUGGUAAUGUUUGGCUAUGCAUGUCAGAGCCCAAUGAUCAAGCAUACAUAAGUUGUCAAAAUCCAGAUGUCAUUGAGACCAGUAUACAAAGAUUUUUUAUUGGUAAGUCAGCUGUUGGACAUGAGUUAAUGAAAGGCUAUUUCAAUACCUAGUGAUUCUCAGAUCAGUGAAAUGAGUGAACCAUUAACUCUGUAUAUAAAGAUUAUGUGACUAAUUAACCUAUGAAAGGUGUUGCCAAGGAAUCUUUGGGAGUGCCUUUCCGCCUCACAAGAUGGGCCAAAAAAUGUGGAAGAAAAUAUUCUUUGAUGCCAUCCCAUCUGUAAAAGAUAUUUGUAAAACUAGAUGAUAAUGCUCAUUCCUGCUCUACCAGGAUCAUGUGAAAGUAUGCAUAUUUUGAUUACCAAUAAUUGGAAAUUAAAAGACCUGGAGUUUAUGCUAGGAAGCUGAAAUAUUUUGGUAUUGCUUGGGGUUUUAUGGUAACUAGAUUUUGCAUGCAAUUUUAAAGGCUUUAUUUCUGAUUCUAGGGCUUCCCUUAGUUCAUGGUGGUUAUAAACUUAUUAAGCAUCUGUUUUAAUUAUUAAAACCCAUUUUGUUUUUUGCU